CAGCUGAUGUCACGUGUCCUAAUCGUCGAACCAAUUGCCGGUUUUUACAAGGAAAAAUAAGAUAAUCGAGAUAUAUUAUGAAUUAGCCGAUAUCGGUUUAACUUAAGGAAGUAGGCUGAUAGAAAUAAGGCCGUUCAAGCACCAUCAGUAAAAAAAUUUCAUUUUCUGGAGAGAAAAGUCAGAAGAACUAUCUAAAUUGACAAAGACUAAACAUCCAUCAUGCUUCUAACAAUCUCAUUAAGAAGAACAUUCAGUAUUGCAAGAAAAAUUCAACCACAGUUACUAAAGACUAAUUUUUAUUUGGUGAGUGUGUAAUUCAUUUAUGAAAAAUUUAAAUUUGAAAAUUAGAACAUCUUCUGAGGUUUUAUCAUUCAUGUUUAAGAGCCAAAAAUUUUCCUUUGUUAAAGAAAUUUUAAUUUAAACAAAGACAAAAUAUACUUUUAAUAACGCUUAGAUAGUGGCAAAGCAUCUGUAAUAGCUCAUCUUUAUCUGUUUCUAUUAUCGCUUUAUGUAAAGAGCAACAUUCUACAGUGCAUCAGAGAAUGAUGUACGCCUAUACGAAUGACUCAUAAAGUAUUGAAUAUAAACUGAAAGUAUGUCAGAGUAUUGGUUAUAAUUAUAUCUUAUUAUAAAUUAUUGAAGAGAUUAAUAAAGUAUAAAAAUUACUCUUUAUAUAUAUAAAAAUUAAAUUGACGUAUUGGAUAAAUAAGUUAUUCACUUUUAGUAAUUAACUAAAAUAAGUUAACAACUAAACAGUCUAGUGAAUAUUUACUUACCUGAACUAAAUAAUUUAAUGGCGUCUCUCUUUGACUAUAACAAACGAUAUUGGCCUGUAUAUAAAUUUAAAAAAUAUGUAUACAAUAGGAUAAGAAAAUCUUUCAGAGGCCGUACGUUUAUUCAAAGUUCAAACAGUUUGAAAAUCUUGAGUAUCAAGUUCCACUUGUUCUAUUUUUAGCGAGGAGUACCGACACAGCGUAGCACCAUCUUAUCAGUAUACGUCUAAAUAAUUAUACUAUUGAUUCUAUCGGUUGUUUUAUAACUUGGUACAUAUGUUCUUUCUUAUCUCUAUAGCCCAGUGGCCUUGGUCUUCGUUCCUACCAAAGCAACAGACAGGAAAGUUCCAUUGCCGUUCCGAAACCCGAAAUUAUCACUCAGACGAAAUCCCACGUUUCAGUGGAGGAGGGAAUUGAUAGAAUAAGAUUGGGGGAUCGUUACGUUCUAUAUAAAUUACAAAACAAUAGAAAUGAUAAUAAAUUGGUUUUGUUAAUGCCGUGGGUAUUUGCCGGCAACAAGGCUGUCAGAAAAUACAGAGAAUUAUAUCAUGACCGUGGGUGGGAUGUUCUUAUUGUUCAAUGUCAUCCGGGUAUGGUUAUUUGGGUUCCAUUGGGUGAUGCACAUUCUCACAAAGCUAUGGAUAUGAUGAUUAGUCAUCCUGAAAUUAAGGAUCGCAAACAAAUUUUUGUUCAUGCUAUUAGUGGAGGUAUAUAUUUGUACUUUGGUAUGUGGAGAGCAAUGAGAAGAAAUAUGGAAAAGUUCGGUCACAUGGCCCCAAAAAUGGCAGGACACAUUUUUGACAGCGGAAUUUAUGCUGGUGGUGAUGCUACUGCUAAUACAGUAGCCAGAAUUGCUUUGGAUAAGAGACCGAUAUUACGAAACGUAACAUUUCAUCUACUUAAGCAGUGGUACACUUCAAUGAGUGUUCAUACUUGUGACUUGUUGCAAGAAUGUCUUGAUUCCUUUGCUGAUGAGCCUUCAUAUGCUCCAUGCUUGUUUGUAAACGCAUUAGAUGAUGAUAAAAUUGACUUGAAUGCGGUCGAUCGUGUCGCAGAGGGUUUAGAGCGUAAAGGAGUACCAGUUAUAAAUCAUAAAUGGGAAAAGGGUAUGCACACCGGUCACUUAAAAGAACAUCCGAAAGAGUAUAGAACUAUUUUAAGUGAAUUCGUUAAACAAUGCAACAUGGAGUAAUGUGUCUGAUUAUAAAUAUUGAAAUUAUUGAUAAAUUUUGUUUUUGGAUUUAACAUUUCUGUAUAAUAUUUCAUCUUGCCGUAUGAGGGCUCUAGUCAUGUCUAUCCUUACGAACUAUAUCAACUCUUAGCAAAAGGAAUUUAUAUUAACAAGAUUCUCUCUCUGAGCUUCUAUAUAUUUCUACAAAGGACGCGUUCACGUAGAACUUCAGCAAUUUUAUGUGAGAAGUGCCAAUGUUUUGUCUUCCCUACUUAAUUUUUCCCUUUAACUUAUUUGAGUAUUCAUAUAAAGUAUUUCAUCGUUUCACUGUUCAAUUUUCUCUAUAAACAUUAUACUGAAUUAAACAUUAUAUUGUCAUGAAUAUUCAAAAGAUACGAAUUCUAUAUUAGUUAUACCAAUAUAUUUGAAUUAAUCUAUAAGGAAACUAGUAUAUCACUUGUACGGGAUAAGAUACUUUUUAUAAUGAACUCCUAUAACA